AUCACGAAGCUUCAAAGAAAUGGCCGCCGGCGAUUGUUGUCAAAGUUGAAUUCGAUUCAACCCACCACAUACGACCCUUCUUUAUAAUCAAUGAAUUCUUUCCGAAUAAUCCUAUUGAUAUUUAUACGAUCAAACUCACGGAUUUAAAAGAAAAAUCGAGGCUUGAAGCGAUGGAAUCAAAUCAAGAACCCACCGGAAGUGGAGAACGAGGAAGAAGAGAAAAUAAGUACAGAGGGAUACGACGGAGGCCAUGGGGGAGGUACGCAGCAGAGAUACGUGAUCCGACGAGAAACGGAGCGCGUUCAUGGCUAGGAACUUUUGAUACGGCGGAGGAAGCUGCUAGGGCUUAUGACAGAGCUGCUUAUGCUUUAAGGGGUCAUCAAGCUAUUCUUAACUUUCCUAAUGACGGCCAUUACCGGAAUGUUGAAUCUUCCACGGCGGGGCUGCCGUCGAGCUCCGGGUUUGCUUCUAUGGCGGCAUUGCCAGCAAACUCGACGUUAUUAUCAAUGUCCUCUUCGUCAUCGCCUUCUUCAAAUAUAUCUUCGAGGGAUAACAAUGGCAGAUCGGAAAGAGAGCCGGUUAUAGAAUUGGAGUAUUUGGAUGAUAAGCUUUUGGAGGACCUCCUUGGCAAACAUUCACCAAACACAAGGAUUUAACACCAAAACUGAAAGAUACUUAAGUUCGAAUCUCGUAUUUAGACAUAAUUAAUAAACUAGGUUAAUGUUGAAAAACGAGAGAUUUCAUUACGGGAUUGCGGAUACAUGGAAUUUUAUGUAACAAACAUUCAAAAAAUUUAUUAAAAAAUGUAUUUUAUUGACGUAUAUAUUGAAGUACGUGUUUCCUGUGCUA